AUGAGCUCUACCUCCAUCCCACCUUCUAUCACCUGGUCGAAGUGGUAUUAUAGAGAGCAUGUGCAGGACAUCAAUCGCGAGUUUGAGGAAGUCCGGGCGCUUGGACCUGCUGCCGGCGAGGAAUGGUUCAAAGGGCUUGAUGAUAUAGGCCGAGGAAAGAUUGCAGAUGCGGAGCGCUGGGAGAGAUGGGAGCGUAAAGGUGGUUUCCACGACCUGUCGCCACCGAGAAGACAGACAGUGUCGCCUCCAACAAUCGCGUCCAGCAGCCAACAGCCACCAACAGCUGCUACGUACGCGCAGGCCAGACAGCUGCCGAUGAACGGCGUCCCACGAGCUGUUUCCUCUUACUCUUCACAAUAUCCUGGCACUACAGCAGAGCAAUCAAUGGCACCGCAAAGCCUGUCUCCGGGUGCAUCUAACCCGCUCCGUCCUGAACGGAGCAUUCGGGAUGCGAACGAAGCAAAGGCUGCCCGCAAAAAUGAGAUUGAGCGCCGUUGCCAGGAGCUCAACCCUCCGAUUUCUCCGAAUGUGCUGCGGCACAUGAAGGCCUUCCAGGCAGCAUGUCAGAUCUCUUCACCCCUGACCGAAAAGGCGUGGGAAAUGCUCAAACCUCGGCUUGAAGCCCAACGGGAUGAAGCUGAAAAGGUUGAGCAUGAGCGCGCUGCCCAAAUGGCUGCAUUGCAGGUCAAGCUUGAAGACCGACGUCAACAGGAUGCUAGUAUGAAAGAGGUUCGAGAGGUGUUGGAGCGUGAAUGGGAAGAGGUGCAGAGACCGGUCCGCGAAAAGCUGGCCCGCUACGCCGACGAGAUCACAAGUCGUGACUGGAUGGAUGGCCGCUCGCUUUCCAAGGACAAUUGCCCACAGUUCGCUGCUGAUCUCUUGAUUGAAAUUCGUAGCCGAUUCUAUGCCGACCUUGCCUUGGAGGACGAGGACACACUAGCUGCUGGACAGGAGAUCCGUGAGGACCCUCCUACCGGACCCCCUACCAGACGUUUACUCCUGGAGAACAUGAAAUGGGUAUUUGAUAACAAGAUCAAACCGCUAACCGAACAGUUUCGUAAGGAGCUUUUCCUCUGCAACGGCGAGGGUUGUGAAGGCAAUCCGAAAUGGUACGGCUUCGAAGGUAUCAUUCAGCACUACGGCGCCAAGCACACCACCGCUUUCAGUGUUGGCAACGUCGUUGUUUGCUGGAAAGAGGCCGAGUGGCCCGAGGAGCAUCCAUUCCACCCGGACCCCUCCAAGGCCAGAUACGGAUUCUACAAUGGAUAUCCCUCGUCUUCAAUGGCCGCCCAGCCCCAGCACGCUUACCCAACUUACCCCUACGGCGGGUAUCCUCAAGGUACAACGUCGAUGCCACCUACCACUGCGCGCACGCCUCAUCCUUUCGUCACUCAGUCCAGCCCAGGACCUUACGGCCAAUACGGAGCCACCAAUGGACCCUUCCCGCCUCCUGCUGCCACUAGUGCUAACUUCUACGGCCCUCGUCAUGGCCCUCCGCAGCCCUACGGUCCACCUCCCGGUUCCAUGCCGCCCUACGUGGGCUCUUCCCAAGCACAAUGGCAUGACAGCCCGUACUCUUACGACGGCUAUGCACAGUUCCCACCGCCACACGGGCCUACGUUCGCUCCUCCUGGCAAUAACUUUGGCCCUCCCAUGCCGGGCUAUGGUGAUACUGCUCAGGGCCAAUUUGGCCCACAACCAGCUGCACCCGGACCCUAUGGACCAUACCGUGGCGGCUCCUCCUCCCAUGGAACUCCCCCGGCACCUCCAGCUCCAGAUUCCAGAGGACCACUGCCAACGAACGUGUAUCGGGAGCAAUUGCAGGUGCUAACAGAUGUGGCUAGAGACUACUGGACAUCCACAUCCGGAGUCAAAGGUUUGCCUCCGAGUGUGAGGCUCUCUGUGGUGAUCUACCACAUCUUGUACCACUUCAAUCUGCGGUUCGGUAUCGAACCCAGCUUGGAUCUUUUUGCUGAUGCUCUUGAUUCUCAUAACUCUAUGCAUCCUCUUAAUGCUGUUGCUGGUCUUCGUUGUAGAGCCUGCAUCGUGCCCGACGAGCCUGUGGAGAACGAGACGUCGGCGGCCCACCAGCCGCGGGAUAAUUCCCCGGCACGACGUAGGUUCACAGGUGACCAUGCUGAACACCGUCAAGAACAACGUCAGGAGCCUACGCCAACACCACGCUCUCGGCCCGCACGUCUCUCUGGCCCUAGUUUCGAGGGUUCUCCAAUGGCUCGCUCUCCGAUGGCACCUCCUACUGCUCCUCCGUCGGGUGACGGUGAAUAUGAUUCUCGCCGCCCUCCUUUCGAGUUGGAUGAGCACAGAGCCUCGCGCCGUCCAAUGGAGUAUCCCUACAGUCCUCCUCGAGGGGAUCGUCGGAUGCGGGCGGUUUACUAUGACGAGCCCCGAUAUUACGUUGCACGAGAUUAUGAUGACCAUGGCUACCCAAGCCGUCGCUCCGAUAAUUACGUUCCUCUCAGUCCUGCUGCUUCACGACGGUAUUCCUACUAUGGUCGUGUAUAUGAGGAAUCCUUGGAUCGGCCUAGGCGAGAGGAGCGGCAUGCUUCCGAACGGGAUGUUGAAGCACAUGAGCGUGUCCCCACGCGUGCUGGUCUGCGAUACAUCGAUCGUCCAGAGCUCAGCGCUGCCCCUUCACCAAGCAACGCAGUCCGCCCGGAAUCCCGCCAGAGAAACGAGGAGAAUGCCGACGACAACAGCGUCAAGCAAGAGCCGCGCAGCCCAAUGCCCCCAGACGUCGAAGCAGCAGCAGAUCGAUUCUUGGACGACCUGGCCACUGGGGAGCGGGUGCGCGAGUACGUGUCCCGGGCUGCUCGCGAUGAAGAUGAGAUGGAAAACGCGGAGAACAGAACAAGGCAGCACUCCCGAGCACCAAACGAAGCUCCGGCUCGUUCGGAUGAUGCCGCGGACGGGCAGGGAUCACAGACAAACUCGGUACGGGGCAAUGGCUUUGAGCACACCCCCCGUGGUGGGCGAUCCACCGCUGAGCCAGAGCCUGAGAUGCGUCGUUACUCUCAUGGACUAAGAUACCCCAGAGAUGAGGACUAUGGAUCACUGCGGCGGCGGGAAUCCGAGUCACGUCGCUACACUUACGCGCCCUCCCGCUACCGCCGAGUGAGCAUGUAUCACGAUGAGCCGUAUCACUACGGUCAUCGUAUCGUACGUUCUCGCAGCAGUAGGUAUGGACGGUACGAGGCAGCUCGUCGGCAGCUGGAGCAAUCAAAGUCCCCGACAAGGGAGGGCACAAGCGUUCCAGAACAGAGGCAACGAUCGGAGCGCCACAGCCCUGAGCCGCCCAUGUAUGACGCCCGGUACGAGCCGCACUACCCGAGUCACGCGCCGUCGCGAGACUACGUGCCAUACGAGGACCGGGAGCGCUACUCACCUGGCCCUCCGCCUGGUUAUCGUUACGCCGAGGCACCUCCGCCGCCUUCUUACGUCAAUGAAUACGGCGAGGUGAUCGAGUACGUCCGGAUUCAUGACCCGUAUCAUGACCAUAGAUAUGUCCAAGGCCCGCCUCCAGACGGCCAUGGGCGCUACGUCGAGUAUCUGCCGUACGAACGUCAGCGUAGGUAUGAGCCAGUGCACGACGAUAGGCACUACGUCUACUAUCCUGAGCGAAGGCCUUACUAUGGUGAUCAUGAGGCCCAUCCCUACUACCCGGGACGUGAGGGACGUGACUACGAGGUGGGUUCAUCUGUCCCGCCGCCACAACCGCCGCCAGGCCCGCCGCCCAGAGAACGUGAAGAGGAGAGACGAAGGGAAAGCGCAUUUGCGGAGGAUGCGGCUUAA